GGAAUUCUUUGCGCAACUUGAACCAUACCCUCAUGGCCGACCCUAACAUCACGGCUCUCCUGGCUGCGCUCGACGUGUUCAGCCGCGCUCCAGACAAGGAACAGCUAGAACGCGCCAACGCAUGGCUGCAAGACUUCCAACACUCACCUGAAGCGUGGACCACUGCAAACACCCUCCUUCUCUCCCCAGACGCGCCAAUUGCGGCGAAGCUGUUCGCGGCGCAGACAUUUCGUACCAAGGUCACAUACGAUCUCAAUCAGGUUGGAGCAGACCUCUCUCCCUUGAGAGAUAGGCUGCUCGAGGCUAUCACUCGAUACAAUGCUGGGCCACGGAACAUCCUCACGCAGCUUUGCCUGGCGGUCUCCGGGCUCGCUCUGCAGAUGCCGUCCUGGGAGAAUCCCAUCCAGUCAAUGGCAGACAUGUUCGGCGCCAACCCAGCCACCGUGCCCGCUCUCCUCCAGUUCUUGACCGUUCUGCCAGAGGAGUUGAUGACCAAUACACGCAUCCCAGUGACGGACGACGAGUAUCGCGAACGAUCGCGCAAGAUCCUCACGGACAAUUCGACGCGUGUGCUAGAGCUACUGUCGAUGUACAUCUCGGCCACUGGGAUCACUGCCGAGAUCCAAAAUGCAGUCUUCACCUGCCUUCGCAGUUGGCUGAUGGCAGGCGAGAUCUCCAUCGAGGACUUCAUCCUAACGCCUUUAUUCCCCGCCGUGUUCGAGGCGCUGAACUCGGACCAGCUCUUCGACACGGCCGCCGACGCCAUUUGCGAGAUCAUCCACGAGACGCAAGAAAUCAACGACAACAUGACUGCGAUAGAGCAGAUCGUGCCUCUCGUUAUAUCACUCAAGCCCAUGCUCGCGAAGCACAGCGAGGACACGGACAGGAUCCGUGGAUACGCGCGCAUAUUCGCAGAGGCUGGCGAAUGUUACCGCGCCCUCAUACUUCAGCACCCCGAGACGUUCUUCCCCAUCGUCGAGGCUCUCGGCGAGUGCUCUGCGUUCCCCGACCUCGACAUCGUGCCUAUUACCUUCCCAUUCUGGAUGCGUCUUGCCCAGGCCAUUGGCAAGCGCUCGUCUGUCCCUCCUCCCUUCCUCGACGCCUACCGCUCGCUUAUGACUGUCAUCAUCCGCCACCUCCACUUCCCUCCUGAUUCAGCUCCCCUCAAAGGCCAGGAGGCUGAUGACUUCCGGUCAUUCCGCCAUGUCAUGGGCGACACGCUCAAGGAUUGCUGCUACGUCUUGAAGGCGGAGACCUGUCUCAUGGCCGCAUACAACAUGAUCACCACCGCUCUUGCGCAGGGCUCCAAUGUGGCAUGGCAGGAGAUCGAGGCGCCGCUGUUUGCUAUGCGGUCUAUGGGCGCCGAGAUCGACCCCAACGACGACAACGCCGUCCCGAAGAUCCUCGAGCUCAUACCCUCUCUCCCCACUCACCCUCGAAUUCGCUAUGCCGCCUUGCUCAUAAUUGGUCGCUACUCCCAAUGGACAAGCGAACACCCCACGUACCUGCCACCUCAGUUGCAGUACAUUUCGGCGGGCUUCGAGGAUCCUGACCUGGAGGUCUGCAGCGCCGCUGGUCAUGCACUAAAGUAUAUUUGCUGCGACUGCAAGCAGCACUUGGUCGACUUCCUUCCCACUCUUCAUACUUUCGUCACUACCACUGGAAGCAGGCUUAUGCAGGAAGAUCGUUCGGAGGUGUACCGCGCCAUCGCCUUCGUCAUAUCUGCGAUGCCCAUGGCAAGCGCGGGCGAGUCACUCCGGACGUUCUCCUUCGACAUUCUGGCGAAGGUGCAUGCGGUCACAGCUAAGCAGGCCGUCACGAAGGACGAGAUGCAGGAAGUUUGCGACGGUCUGGAAAACCUGGAGACUAUGUUGUCCGUUGUCGGGAGCUUCGGUGAGGAGCUCCCGCCCGCUUGUCAGAAGGUGCCCGAAGAAGGCUGGUCUGUCCUCGACCCCUUCCUCGCCAAGUACGGCACGACGUACGACAUCGCCGAGCGCGCAAACCGGGUCCUUCGGCACUGCAUCACGUUUUUCGACCGUUCGGCGCUCCCUGUUAUAGCGUCGGUCGUUGCACGUCUAACUCAGAGCUUCGAUGCCGCUGGCUUUGCUAGCAAUCUCUGGAUCAUUGGCAAGGUUGUGCACUCAUAUGGCGACAAUGCGGAUGCAACGAUACUGGCGACUUUCCGGGACGCGUACGAACGCUCGACGACCAAGAUUGGCGCUAUGUUACAGGCUUCGUCUCCUGGGGCUCAUCCGGAUGUCCUCGAAGAUUACUUGCACUUGGUGCUACCUCUACUCGACCGCACACCCGACGUCUUCUUCCGAUCCAGUGCAUUCCCGCUAGCUUUCCAGAUAUGCAUGGCGAGUCUGACCGUCGUGCACACGGAGGUCCUGGUGGCAGCCCUAGAGGUUGUCAAGGACAUUCUGUCCCACGACUGUUUGUCCACACGGCCCACAGCAGUCCCGACAUCCGACUUCCCGGUAUACGCUGCAGCGAUCCAGGACGUCUUGGAGAAGAACGGGCAGGCUUUCGUGGCCUGCGUGCUCAGCGGCAUGAUCGGCGACUUCCCCGAGGACUGCUUGUCGAGUAUCAUUGUCAUCUUCCGCAUGCUAGCGUCCGUAUCCCCUACGCAGAUGUCCGCCUGGGUGCAGAACGUGGCACCAACGCUGCCACUGUCGGCAGGUCUUGUACCGGCAAGGCAGCAGUUCGUCACGGAAAUCACGACUGCCAUCAACAGCGGGCAGUACGACAAAGCGAAGUACGCGAUCAUCUCGUUCCACCGCGCGUCGCGCAAGGUACGGGAUCGCCGCAGGGAUUUCGAGUUGAAGUGAGGAGUCUUAUAGUCUGAUCUUCCCGAGUAGAGCAUGUAGCCGCCAGCUUGUAGUAGUCAUAGUCUAUAUCAUAGGUACGUACCGCCGUAUACUGUUUGUGAUUGAACGGAAGACCUUGUAAUGACGGGGCUUGGUCUUGUGAGCGGUCGUGGUUGAGAGUGCG